UCCCGUGACGUCGGGAACUCUCGCGAGACUGCGCCGAUAACGCUCAAAGAAGAGUCGGUUGGGUCAAGAUGGACACCGCUUUGCCCAGAUGAAAAACGGACGAGGGUGGGAUGUUGAUUACUAUCGUAAAACGGUGCCAUCUUGACUUGUUGCCAUAGAAACUCAAACUCAACAAGCCCCAGGAUGGCUGGAGUAACUAUGUCCGAGUUGUACUCAGCUGUCUGUGCAGACCAUGAGAUAGAGAUCAAUCCACACGUCGUGGAAGCUUUAGAGAAGACCACAGUGACAGGCAGUGGUGUCACAAUAAAACUGCCGGGAAACAGCCGCCGGGGACGCGUCCAGCGACUCGACGACGACGACGUUCUCGCCCUCUCAAAAUGUUUGAGGAACAACAAGAGUGUGACAGGUGGGCGGACACCUUCACGUAGGACAGUCCCAUCUCAUCUUUUAAACCAUCUAAACGUCUUUUUCUGUGCAUCCACAGGUCUCGAUGUCCGGUACAACAACAUAACAGACAAAGGGGUCGGACACCUCGUCGACCUCCUGCAGAACGGCAGCUCGUCUCUGCGCUCUCUGGACUUGGUGUUCAACGACAUCCGGGGAGACGGAGCGGAAGUUCUCGCCAAGAGCCUGCAGUGCAACAGCACCGUGCUCUCUCUCAGACUCUCCUGCAAUAAGAUAGAGCGCAGAGGAGCCAUGCACCUGGCCAGCAUGCUGCAGGUGAACAGCACGCUGAGGGAGCUGGAGCUGGCCGACUGCGACCUGGACACUCGGGGCGUGAUCGCGUUGGCCGUCGCUCUGAGAAGCAACGAGACCCUUCUCUCCGCCGACCUCAGCCGCGCGCUGCUCUUCAGCCUGCAGGAGGAGUGGACGGUGCACGUGUCCGAGAUGCUGGCGGCGAACGGCGGCCUGCUGGAGCUGCACCUGGGGGCGAUGGGGAUGAGCGACGCGGGGAUGGAGAGGCUGAGCGCCGGCCUGAGGCUCAACGCCCGCCUGCGCUACCUGGACCUCCGCUGUAACCGCGUGACCUGCGACGGCGUGCGUCACCUGGCCCAGCUGCUGAAGCAGAGCCGGACCCUGGAGGUCCUGGAUCUGUCGUCCAAUCGGAUCGAAGACGAAGGCGCGGCGCACCUGAGCGAGGGCGUGGCCUGGCCGGGCUGUGUCCUGAAGGAGCUGUCGGUCAGCAGUAACCACAUGGGGCCUCCUGGCCUGCUCUCUCUGGCUCAGGCUCUGAGGGCGAGCAGCACGCUGAGCCACCUUUACAUCUGGGGGAACCGCCUGGAGGAGCCCGCCUGUCAGGUGUUCGGGGAGAUGAUGGCCAGCGGCCGCCUCCCUCCGGACCGGACGGACGUCAGCGCGUACCAGGUGGACGGCCGAGCGUGUCUGGCGGAGGGCUCCCACGGUUUGAGGAGACGGCGGUUCGGGGCGGACGUGGAGGCCGGGCGCUCGGUUCCCUGCGCUGCAGCUGGGCCUCAGGGAAGAAACACAAAGUAAAGAGAACAAAGACGAUCUCUUGGUGAGGACAGUUCGCUCAGGUUGCUGCUGGAAUAAAACCUGUGAACUGAACAACCUGAACCGUUUCUACCGAGUGUCUGUGAAGGUCAACUAAAGGUCAACUGAAGGUCGUCCCGGACCUCAGAGCUCCG